AUGACCAAGAGCACCGGUGCAAGACUUUACCGGGCCUGCCUCCGUUGUCGGCAACGCAAAACGAAAUGUGAUUUCAGAGGAGGAAACUACUCGCGCUUUCGAGGGCGACGUCGUGAUUCCGCCCACAUACAGCCUCCAAUCGGCGUUCAAGGCUCAAAAGGCAAACCGGAUUUCGAUCCUGAACCUCUACGGGACAGGACGUUAGAGCUGGGGGGUGAUAAUAUAUUCCACGGAGGAAUCCAAAAUCCCCUGGAGGCGCUUCAGAUCCUUGCCCAAACCGCUGCCAAUGCAGAGGAAGCCGAGAAAGCGCCUCCAAGGAAGACUUCUCGGAGAUCAGCAGCCUUGAUAAAGGGUCGCCAAGACCAAUGCCACUCUCUGAAACAGAGCAAUCCCUUGAUAAUGACGACAGAGAUCAUCCGGGAAGGGAUUAUUGGCAUACACCAUUUGACUGCCCUACUCAAAUACUACACAGCCAACUAUCACCCCUACUUUCCGAUCGUCCCGAAUAACUUAUUAACUACUCAAAACCCCGAGCAUUCGUGGGCUACAGAGGCCUUUCUUCUUGCCUCCGUGCUUACAAUAGCGACCCAAAACAGACCAGACCACCAACUCCUUCAUACCAGACUCCGGAGACACAUAGAUAAAUUGAUCCUUCGUGUCGCGCUUGGUGCCAAUAAUGUGCGGAAUGUUGGUUCGGUAGAAGGUAUACUCCUGCUAGCCGAAUGGAUGCCACAUCUGAUCGAAAGCAGCACAUACGAUGAAGACUGUGUUGCAUGGAACCUAAUAGGCCUUGGGGUUCGACAGGCCUACCUCUUACAUCUGGAUAAACAAUCUUUUCCGGUCGAAGUAGAAUCCGAACCACACGGUACUACAUGUCGAAAAAGGCUAGCAUGGAUAUUUACAUAUCUCGCCGACCGUCAGAUAUCGAUACAAAUGGGCCAGGCUUUUUGGUGUCGUGGCCCUGGCCUAUCGACCAGAUUCAGCACCCAGGACUACCCAUCACUUCAACCGGCAAUGACUGGCGGUUUUGAUUAUGCUUCAUUUGUGCAAGCCCAGGUAGAGUUGACAACUAUUUUUGGAAAUAUCCACGAUAUCCUAUACGCGUCAAAGUCACGGACCUUACAGUUGAUGCUCAUGGGAGACUACUCCAAGUACCUGGAUGAUGGAGCCAAGGCGAUGGACAUGUGGAAGGGGCUCUGGUCCAAGGUCAAAGUCCCCUCCUCUCUAUCCUGCCUUCUCACACUGCAAUUUGAAUACCUGCAGCUCUAUGUCAACGCCUUCGCGUUUCAAGCAGUGAUAUAUCGAUCAUACAAGACAAGCUCCCUGCCAAUUGAGGAACAAACCGGCUCCUUCUUUCCGGACAGUGUUAUGGCUAGUCCGGAUGGCCGCCAUAUCUACGCAGCUAUUGAUGCAGCAAAAUUCUUGCUGCAACGCCUCGUGGAGGGUUCCAUUCCACACGAUCAUGUCGAAUUUCUUCCUAUUCGGUACUAUCUUUAUGAGAUAUAUGCAUCCGUUUUUCUCUUCAAAGCUCAUUCCGUCGGAGCAUUACACCAAGAAGAGUGCCAAACCUGCGCCGCACUCACGGGCCAAUUUAUCUCUCUGCUCAAAGCUGUCGGUUCAGUCCCAACUCAUAUCGCCUCUCGCUAUGCGAAGUUGCUCGAACGUCUAUGGGGUCGAGGAAAGACCACGCCUCAGAAUAAUGUUCUUCAAACCGACGUUCUACCAGCUUUGGAUCAAUUAUCCAGCCUCCCUCCAGCGCCUUAUGAUUCCUUGCAACCCCCUUAUGCAAGCAACAAUUCAGCAACUGUCACUGUACCGGAUCCGUUCCCCGACAUUUUGCAUAUGGAUCUUGGUCAGCCUACAGAUCUUGGGAAUGAUAAUGACACUUUCUUCUCAAGCCUUCCAUUCUUUCGAGGCUUCCAGGAUGACUCUUACCUGAUGGGACUGGGGUCCUAGUAGCAGCGAAUGAUAGACAUUGCUUAAACUAACUACACGGAAGCUCGGUAGGUGAGAAAGGCGUAACACGACUUUCCCACGAAACACUCUCAAUUGAACGUUCGGUCAAACUUGCCCUUCGGUAGCCUACUAUCC